AUGGCUUCUAUCAAAAACAUCCCUUAUGGUUUCAAUGCAAAUUAUGAGACUGUCAUAAAAAUCAUUGGGAGCAAAUAUGUCAAAUACCUGGUAGAAAAACCUGAUAGCAAAGCAAAAGAUGGUAUGAAAGCUGAAACUCAAUCCAUGUUCAGAACACUACCUCCUUGUCAUACAAGACAGAAACAUGGAAACCCUCCAGGUCUCAAUAAGCCUCCUUGUCAACAAAUCAAUUGUGGGCUAAAUGAUGAACAACAGAACAAAGGUGAAAAGGAAGGACACAAGUCUCAACAAGCAAAGACAAACAAUGACCAAUUUGUGGAGACCAAAGGUGUAAACCUUCCAAAUACACAUUGUGUCUCUGUUCCAUCUGGAGAUAAAUCUUUGUCCUAUAUGCACACCCUUCAAAAGCCAUCUAUUGGAGCCCAGACUUUAAGGCAACAUGAAAGACAACAGGACACUGUGCAAAAACCAUCUGAGACAUCUGAAGACAAUGAUUCUCUUCUGACAUUCCUCAGAAAAGAACUAGAGAUAUAUCCUUUGAGUCUGACUACACUAGAAAAACUGCAGGAUGCAUGUAAAGUUUUGGAUCCCAGAGUUUCAGGGCUUCUUCCUCAGACACAGCUGAGCCGCCUUCUUCUAAAGCAUGAAAUCCCUCUGCAACUACCAACAGUCAAACUUCUUUUCAAGACCUUUUCCAAGGCAAAUGAUCAAGAACUGGUAAAUUAUGAAAAACUGAUCCACUGUUUAACGCUAGUGGCAGCAAGUAAAAUGCAAAAUUCACAAGUCCUUCCAAAGAAGAGACAAGAGUCAAAGAAUCACAGUGAAAGUUCUUGGACUCCAGAAAAUGCAUUCCAAGUCUUGAAGCAAAUACUGAAGGAACAGAAGAAAAAACUAGACUUAGGAAAACUAAGUCUGAGUUUUCUUCAACAAGACAACAGUUGCUCUGGUCUUCUUUCACUGUCUGAGAUAGAGCUGAUUUGCAAAAAGCAUGAACUAACUCUUCCUUCUGGCAUUCUGGAAAGUUUGGUUAGCACCUAUGGCAUUGGUAGAAGGGGCAGAAUACGGUGGAAAUCAUUUGUGGAGUUUCUGAAGGAAGUUCAGGAUGGGGUAGAUCCUUCCUUUCUUGUAUACAGAAGAGGAAAAAAUGAAGAUGACUCUCAGGUGGAUAAAGAAGAGCACAGUGGUCUGGCUGCCAAGACUUGGAAGCAAGAAAAGUAUGAUACACCUGACUCCAGUGAUUCUGAGGAACGAGAUGCCUGGAUAGACCGGUUCAGGAAACUGGAGAAAGCCCUUUAUUUGUCUGAUAUCAAAAACACAGGCAAGUUAAACAGGGAAAAAGCCAAACGCUUGAUCCAUAACUACAACCAAAUUUAUGAUCUGUGCCUUAGUCCACUGAAAAUUGACAAAGCAUUUCAACAUUCCCGUCCUGGUCAAGAUAUGCCUUUGGAACCUCUGCUGCAUUUCUUAAAGGAGCUGUAA